GGCCUUCAGAAUUCAGUCACUGGCUUAACAUGAAAACAAUCAUAGAUGAGCUUAUAACAAGAGGACACAGUGUGACCAUCGUUACUCACAGUGCUACACCGUUUCUACUGAAAGACCAGUCUCUGGGCUACAACAUGGAGAUCAUACAGGUGCCUCACACCAAGAAGGACAUUAUGGACAACUUGGACAGGAUUUUAAAGAACUGGAUAUAUGACUUUCCAAGUUCCUGGAUCCAAGCUUUUUUGAAUAUUGCUGAAGGCAUUGACAUUGUGACGGAGCAGAAUAAAGCAUUGUGUAGGGAACUUUUUGCACGUGAAGAUCUGCUGGAGAAGUGGAGAAAAGAAAAGUUUAAUGUUCUUCUGACAGAUCCUGUGACCAUAUGUGGUGAACUGCUUGCACAGAAGCUCAAUCUGCCCUUCGUCAUGAGUACGAGGCCAUUUUUGGCUAGUGUUAUGGAGCGACACUGUGGGCAGCUGCCAGCUCCACCGUCCUAUGUUCCUGCAUUUGGCAUAGGCUAUACAGAUCACAUGGAUUUCCUGCAGAGAGUGAAAAAUAUUUUGUUUAUCGCCUUUCAUGAUAUAGUGGUUAAUCUCAUGAUGAUGGCAAAAUGGGAUCCCUUCUUUACAGAAAUCAUGGGAACUGGAAUCCCAUCCAGGUGAAAGCUCCUGCUGUGUUCCCGAGGUUUCUGACCCUGACCACAGUGAUCCUGCUGAAGAUUAAUGAAUGUGCAUAAGCCUUGAUAAAGUUAACACAUUAUAAAUAAAAUUAUUCAGGUGAUUCUAAUUCCACUUGUGAUCUCUUUCCAUCUGUCAUCUUCAACAUGUUCUGUGUUAAUGAUCUAUAAGAUUAUGACUUUUGCCCAAGGUCCUAUGAUUUAUCUAAAAUCAUUAACCACAACUCUCCGCCUAUUUUUGAACAUGUCCAAUGUCACAAGUGACUAAGUCGACAUUUUAUUUACUACAAUGACUUGGAGAAGAUCUUCUGCCUGCUUGGUAAUUCUGCUGCUGAGCUUGUCUGAAAUGACUCACAGUGGCAAUGUGUUGGUUCUUCCUGGUGAAUACAGUCACUGGCACAACAUGCGUGUAAUUGUUGAGGAGCUCAUGGACCGGAAUCACAGCGUGACCGUUCUCACACACUCUGCCUCACCUACACUGAAUCAUGGCCAAAAGGAACGGUUCAACUCCGUGUCUUUUAAAGUCGACAUGGAGCAACAGGAGGCAGACAACUUCUGGAAGAGCUUCAUCAUUGUAUGGAUGGAUGAAAACACUACCAGCUUUCAAAAGAUGAUCUCGAUUUGGAACAUGAUGUCCAGGAUGUUUUAUUAUACACAGGUUGUGUGUGAAGGAAUGUUUGCUAACAGAGAUCUUAUGACUUCACUGAAGGAAUCACGCUUCGAUGUUCUUCUGUACGAUCCCAUGAUGCCGUGUGCUGACCUCAUGGCGGAUGCUCUUGAGUUGCCCAGUGUGAUGUCUCUCAGAGUCUCUUUCGCGUAUACUCUGGAGCGACUCUGUGGACAGAUGCCCGCUCCACCAUCUUAUGUACCUGCAGCUGCUGUUCAGGGGCAUCUCACUGAUCAUAUGGACUUUACAGGGAGAUUAGAGAACAUGCUACACUACAUCAUACAUACGGCAAUGUUCAAACUUCAGCAAAAGUUAAUAUUUGAUGAAUAUUUCAGCAGAAUAUCUGGCAAACCCACAACACUAUGUGAUACCAUGAGCAAAGCUGACAUCUGGUUAAUCAGAACUUACUGGGACUUUGAAUAUCCACGCCCGUUCCUCCCAAACUUUAAAUUUGUUGGUGGAUUACACUGUAAACCUGCAAAACCUCUACCAAAAGACAUGGAGGACUUUGUCCAGAGCUCAGGAGAUGAUGGUAUUGUGGUGUUUUCACUGGGGUCCAUGGUAAAAAACCUUACCAAAGAGAAAGCAAACACCAUAGCUUCAGCGCUCGGACAGAUUCCCCAAAAGGUCUUGUGGCGAUACACAGGUGAGAAACCAGAAACUCUUGCUCCUAAUACAAGACUCUAUGACUGGAUUCCUCAGAAUGAUUUACUAGGACAUCCUAAAACCAAGGCCUUCAUCACCCAUGGUGGGACUAAUGGAAUAUAUGAAGCUAUUUAUCAUGGAGUUCCCAUGGUGGGCCUGCCACUGUUUGCUGAUCAGCCUGACAAUAUAAAUCACAUGACAGCCAAAGGAGCUGCUGUGAUGCUUGACUUUCACAAAAUGGACUCCAAGGUCUUAAAGCAGGCUCUCGAUGAUGUCAUUAACAAUCCAUUCUACAAGGAGAGGAUGAUGAGACUAUCCCGAAUCCACCACGACCAACCGAUGAAGCCGCUAGACCAGGCCGUGUACUGGAUCGAGUAUGUGAUGCGCAAUAAGGGGGCCAAGCACCUGAGGGUUGAAGCCCAUAACCUCACGUGGUAUCAGUACCACUGCUUGGACGUUGCUGCCUUUUUACUUUCUGUAAUUGCGUUAGUUGUGUUCAUCUUUGUGAAAACAUGCAGAUUGCUCUUCCGGAAAUGUUGCAGAAAGACCUCAGCAAAGAGCAAGAAAGAGUGAAUAGGAAUGUAUUAUAAAUUACGCUUAUACACUUUUACAUAAAUUACAGGAUUAACAUGCUCGGUGUUAAAUGUAUGUCCAGGAUGUUAAAAUAAAGGUUAAAAUAAAUAUUUUGUAGCUUUCA